GAGUGGUUUCAAUCAUCUCGGCGCCGGAAACUUUGGUUAGUCCGUUUUCAGUCAACCUUGGCGUGUUGUUCAGCUGAGGGUUCCCCUUUCUUCCAACUUCCUUCUCUCGCCCGUCCUUCGAAACCGCACUGUGGCGUUUCUGCCAUGGCGGACUCUGGGUUCCCGGCUCCCGGGCGGGCGCUCACCGACGACGAAAUGGCGGAGGUGAAAAAGGAAGUUUUAGAACGAUUGCGUCGUUAUCUGUGUGACAAAAUAAUUGCAGAAAGACAUUUUGAUUAUCUACGUUCAAAAAAAAUACUUAGCAGGGAGGACACUGAAGAAAUCUCUUGUCGAACCUCAAGUAGGAAAAAAGCUGGGAAGCUGCUGGAUUACUUGGCGGAGCAUCCAAAAGGACUAGAUGCACUAAUAGAAUCCAUUAGAUGCGAAAGAACACAGAACUUCCUGUUAGAAAAGAUAACUGAUGCUGUCUUGAAGGCAAAAAAUGAAAAACUGGAAAGCCUUAAAGGACUGAGCUGUAGCAACUGCAUGGCUUCAAUAUGUGAGCAAUCAAACAAUCUCUCUAGGUCACAGUCAAAUGAAUCUAAUUUCUUUGAGCAACAAAAAGACAGAGAAACCACCUACCUUCAUCCAGAAGAGUAUAGUACAUCUGCUUUUGUAUCUGCUACUUCUCUUCAUUCAAUGAAUUUACCUAUUACGGAAGUUGGAAAUACGGAAAACUCUGUUUUCUCAGCUACACUUCCUGGACCUGGAGAUUCUGGAGCACCAUCUCUUCCACCACAAUUGCAAAAUGAACAAGAGGAAAUAAGUACCACUUCAAAUGACAGUCCCUUCCUGCCUUUAAGAUCCCGCUCUCUUCUUCCAUAGUGAUAUUUUCCCUUGAUUAAAGGGAAUAUGCUGGAUGCCUUAAACUGUUUUGCAGGUCGGGGUGGGGGAGGGAGUUUCUAAACUGUAAAGUCACAACAGAUCAAGAAAGUGUUGAAAGUAACCUGUUUUUAAAACAGCUCAUUGAAUCUUAAUAAGUAUUUUUUGUUUUCGAACUGUAUUUUCCAUAAGUUCAUGUUUUAAAUGUUCAUUAGGCUGCUUUUAUUGACUAGUACAACUUAAAAGCCUUUAAAGGGUUUUUUUAAAUUCGAAACCAAUAUAGCCAAAAUGAUGCUUAAUGGAAUAUUUUUUAAAAGAGGAUUUACAUAUUCCUUUCUAAAAAUGCUGUGUGCAUAAAAUUCAUAUUGAGAAACCAUAACUUCUGCACUGUGGCAACUAUUUAAUCUAGCAAUUCUUUAGACUUGCUCAAACAUUGAUUCCUAUAAACUACUUAGGUGUUUCCCUACUUAAUAAUAAAUAAUAAAUGUAUCAAAUAAAUAAAUAAACAUGUAAAUUAAUGCUGGCCAGUUAUAAGGAGGGAAGUUUAGCACAGAGGGAAAUUUUGAGAUGAAUAUAGAAGUCAUGAUUAGGGUGGGUGAGUGUCCUCUAUCUCGUCGUUGGUGGCAUUGCAUUGAAAACAAGCUUUCAUUUGGGCUACAUUGGUUAAUAUCCAAAAGUGAAUGCAUCCUGAAAUAACACUUGAUCUUUGUGUGAGAAGAAGAGAAAUUGAGCUCUGCUUGGUUACUGUUGGCGGAAGUAAAGCCCUUGGAACAGGUUGCAACAGUUGUUUAUGUGUAUAGGAUUGCUCUGUAACAUACCAUGCGGUGUCUCUCUUGCCCACUUUUUGUGUAAUCGGAACAAAUUCUUAGCUGUAGCGUUAUGCUCUCUGUCGGAAUAGGGCAUGAUCUUCUGAAUAAUCUUUUGUUGCUAUUGAACUUCAAAAGGAAUUAAGUGUGUACUUCGCAAGAUAAUGUUCUAGGCAUUUAAUUUAGUUUUAGUGCAGGUGCCUUAGGCUCCUCUACAAUGCUGAAUAUAUUUCUAAAAUUAAACGCUUAACCUCCUUCUUCAAGGUGAAGCACUGCUAUGCUGUAGACAUAAUUUUCCACCAUGUGGUAACAGGGUGUAUAAAUUCCCUUCAAUCCACCAAAGGAAGUUCUCAUGGCUAGGAAACAGGGAAAAUAUGUAAACAAGACAGUGCAGUAGGGAGAGGGCUUGCUUUCCUGUGAACUUCCAGGAUUUGCCGUGCUGCAUUAUUUUUAUUUUUUUCUGAACCCUUUUUCUGCUCUCACACUAUUGAUCCACACCUUUAUUGAGGAUGUGUACUACUUAACAUUUGUGAACAUAUGACUAAAUGAAAAUGUGAUAUUUUAAAUGUCAGAUGUAUAUAAUGUAAAAGAAAUACACACUGGGCAUUAUCAGGGAUGUAGCAUACAAGUGUGUGUUUGUUUUUUGCUAUCUUCUGUAGACAUUGUGUGGCUAUUUUCUUAAAGCAAUGCCUUUUACAGUAGGGCCCCGCUUUACAGUGCUUCGCUUUACAGUGCUUCGCUAAUACAGCAGUCUCAAUUAGACACAAUUAGACUAAAGCCCCACUCAUACAGCGCUUGUUCUGCUUUUACGGCGGUUUUCGGGCAUCACACACCAUUCUAUUCAAUGGGUUCCGCUUUACAGUGGUUUUCGCUUUACAGCAGGGGUCCGGAACGUAAACCGCCAUAUGAGUGGGGCCCUACUGUAUAGUUUGAAAUUAAUAUUGUACUAAUUUAAAAAACAACACCCCAAGUUGUCUUCUGUGGGGCCUCUGAGAUACAUUCACAAUACGCUGGUAUCUGCAUUUUUCUUUCACAAGCCCUUGGAUUAAAAUGUGCAAUAAAUUACCAGGUUUAAUUACACUAAUGGCCUGGUCCUGUGCAUGUUUACUCAGAAGUGAGUCCCACUUUAUAGGCUUACAGUCCAAUAUUUUAAAACAUUUGAUCUGAGAGGAAUGGGUCAAUUAUUUGUCACAUUGGUCACUUGUCUUUAGAACACAAUUCUGAUGUGUGCUAUCUUAAGCACAAACUCAUCUGGUGGCUGUUCUGUUCUCCUACAGUGUGACCAUUCCUAUUAAGUGUUUGCUUGCCUUGAAUCUGACCUCAGCUCAGACUUCCACGGUGAUGUUUUACAGGGCAUUAACUUCCUUUAUCUGCUUUCCUACUCUAGGUGUUGCUGAAUUAUAAGCAAAUCUUAUAUUUAUACAACCAUGGACUAAUAAUCCCUAUUACUGUGUGAUGUUUCCCUCUGAAAAGCUUUAUGACUUUGCCAUGGAUUUUCCCUCUCUCAUGUGCUUGAUUCCAUAUAAGCCAAAACUUAACUUAUGUGAAUAGUACCACUUAGACCAUUCUGAAUAUAAUUAUGUACUACAGUGUAAAUUGCGGGCCAGUUGCAACUGAUGUUUUGUUAAAUGGAGAUCUUUGGGAAUUACUGUAUUUUUACAAUGUUUGAAACUUACACUUUUUAAAAAAAAAUACGGUAAAAGCUUUUAUAUAAAACUAUUGAACUGAAAAAAUUGUUGGUAAGUUUUGUGCUAAUUACUUAAUUUUUCACAAAUAUUUCCCAUUUAUUUUUUAGAAUGUAACUUUUGAAACAAGCAGUGUG